AUGAUUUUUCCUUUUUCGUUUUCUUUAUUGUUCACCAUCGCAGCUGCAGAAGAGUUCAGCUAUUGUCAAUCAGGUGCUGAUUGAGAUGGGCUUUGCGAGAAAGGCGAUGCACAGUCUCCAAUCAAUAUCAUAACUGACAGUAUUACUCAUGAAUCAACUGGACAAGGAAUUCUUCUAACUUAUACAAUGAUUAAAGCCAAAGGAAGCUUUACAGACCAUAACUACCAAGUCACUGGAAAUUUUGUGACUGGGGUUUUUAACAGCAACAACAGUGAUAUAACCGGGUAUGGAAAACAAUUUCAUUUUCACGCUCCUUCAGAGCAUACUGUCAAUGGCGUUCACUAUGACUUAGAAAUGCAUAGCGUGCAGUAUAAUAAGACUGGAAGCCCGAUCUUUGUAAUUGGAGUCUUAUUUCAGCUGACUCCCCCUUUAAAAUGAAACAAAAUAUAGGCAAAUUUGCAUUUUUUCUAUAGGGAAAUUUUAAUUGUUAUAUAAUUAGCUUCAGCUUAAUAUAAUUGAAGAAGUCAAGUAGAUAAUUGUUUAAACAAUUUUCACACUAAAUUGAUUAAUUUUUGAACUAAUUCUUUAUAAAAAUUAAAAUUAAAAGUAUUGCGUUCAAUAUUUUUUUUUAAAUUUGAAAAUUUUUAUAGUUAAAAUGACUAAACCCCUAAAAUUGGAAUAGUUGUUUUGUUCAAUUAAAGGGGGAGUGAAUGACAAAAGUAACGAUUUUCUUGAAAAAGUCAUAGACUCCUAUUCUAUUUAUACAAAUAUCGAUCUUUCAGAAGCUUUUGAUGGAGAAGAGGAUUUAAUUAAUUUUUACUAUUAUCAAGGAUCAUUGACAACUCCACCAUGCACUGAAGGAAUAAAUUGGUUUGUUUGGGACAAAAUCCAAGAUGUGAAUCAGACCCAGUUAGACUUUUUUACUAGCCGCUGGGCUGGGUCUUCGUCAUUUGCGUGUGGGAAAGGAAAUAAUAGACUGACUCAAGAGCUUCAUAAUAGGACCGUUUACAGAUAUGACAAUUCAGUUAUAUUGAUGCUAGGAGUGCCUAUUGUAGCUUUGCUUAUGCAUUAA